AUGGCGACCGAUCUCAAAUCUCCACCGGCGACUUUCAAAUCCAAAAUAUGGAAGCAUUUUGGAUUUAGACAGGAAGAUAAAGAUGGUAAGGUAGUAACAGUGUUUACAACUUGUCGCCACUGCGAUAUGAAUGUAUCUUAUAAAUGUGGGAACACAACAAAUAUGGCGACGCACUUGAAACGCCAUUACAAGGAUAUCUACGAAAGUCUUUCUCAUGAGUUAUCACGAAAGAAAGAGAAAACAACAACACAGGAAUCGAGUAACACUAGCUGUACUACUGGUCAACUACGCCUUCAAGAUACAAGGCCGUUAUUUGAGUCUCAUACAGCUGAAAACUUGGCAGAUGUGUUACAGGAAACUGUGAAGGAGUGGAAAUUAAAAAGGACAGUAAAAGUUGGAGAAGUUCUUUCAGACAAAAGGAUUGCUGUUGCCACAGACAAUGCUUCAAAUAUUGUUAAAGGUGUAAAUCUAGCUGGUUUUGAACCACACAUUAGAUGUUUCGCUCACUGCUUAAAUUUGGCAGCCCAUAAAGCUAUGCAGAUAAGCUCUGUUUCUCGACUUUUGGGUAGAAUGAGACGAAUAGUCACAUUUUUCCACUCAAGUUCCACAGCUACAAAGAAACUUAAAGAUAAACAGAAAGCAUUGAACCUUCCAGCAAAAAGACUUGUCCAAGAUGUGAAGACCAGAUGGAAUUCCAGUUUUGAUAUGAUGAGUACUUUUCUGGAACAGCAGCCAGCUGUAUAUGCAACAUUAACGGAGAAAGACAUUAAAAAGAACCUUAAAGAAGUUGUAACCCUAUCUGACACGGACAUUUCUCUAGCUGAGGAGUUGGUAGAUGUGUUGAAGCCCUUGAAAACCAUAACCACCAUCAUGUGUGAGGAAAAAUCACCCACUAUAUCUCUAGUUCACCUGAUGAAGGAACGACUGCUAAGGCAACUGAGAGAAAAUGAGUCUGAUUCAGGUCUUGCUGCCCAGGUAAAAACAGAAAUACGUAAUGACAUCGAGUCAAGAUAUUCUGAUCCAGACAUCAUCAGAUGGCUUGAGAUGUGCUGUGCCCUGGAUCCCAGAUUCAAGACCCUGCCCUAUCACGACCAGGUCGAAGCCAAUCGAGUCUAUGGCAAUCUUGUAGACAUGAUGACAGAAUCAGAAGAAGAGGUAUUUUUGCAUGAUUUAAUAGUUGAAUAUCUGUUGAAUUUAGCAAAUUAA